AGCUCCCGAGUCUGGACACAGGCAGACAAGGUAUAAUAAGGCGCACUAACACAGGCCACGGAGUGAGAGAGAUGACUGAUCUUCACACGGUCAGAUCUUCAUCUUUGAGCACAUGAAACCGAAGAGACGGACGUAUCAACCUCACUAACUCGCGCCAACAUUUGAGCGGACUGACCUGGCUGAUUCUUAACAGUUUACUGCAUCAGUCAAUUUCUUCCUGGAACUGACGUGCAUCCAGUGUUAACGUUAAGUUUUUUUUAUUGUUCUGAAGCGUUUUGCCUCUGGCUUUACCGGUAAGCGUUGGAUCCGUCAGCGUACUGCGACUCCCCGGUGUACAGCCCGGACCUCUGCCCCAACAUGAUAGCUACACAAGCAAAGCUUGUUUACCAGCUGAACAAAUAUUACAACGAGAGAUGCCAGACUCGCAAAGCGGCCAUCGCAAAGACCAUCAGGGAGGUAUGUAAGGUGGUGUCGGACGUCCUCAAGGAGGUUGAAGUGCAGGAGCCCCGUUUUAUCAGCUCCCUGAGCGAAAUCGAGGCGCGCUACGAGGGGAUGGAGGUCAUCGCACCCAAUGAAUUUGAAGUGGUACUCUACCUUAACCAGAUGGGUGUUUUCAACUUCGUGGAUGACGGGUCUUUGCCUGGGUGCGCGGUGUUGAAGCUGAGCGACGGGCGCAAGAGAAGCAUGUCGCUCUGGGUCGAGUUUAUUACGGCCUCGGGUUACCUCUCGGCACGAAAGAUCCGAUCCAGGUUUCAGACGCUGGUGGCACAAGCCGUGGACAAAUGCAGUUACCGUGACGUUGUUAAGAUGGUAGCGGACACAAGCGAAGUUAAACUGCGGAUCCGGGAGAGAUACGUGGUCCAGAUCACUCCGGCGUUUAAAUGCACAGGCAUUUGGCCUAGAAGUGCGGCGCAGUGGCCCAUGCCCCACAUUCCCUGGCCCGGUCCUAAUCGGGUAGCAGAAGUCAAAGCUGAGGGCUUCAACCUCCUCUCUAAAGAGUGCUAUUCUUUAACCGGGAAACAGAGCUCGGCGGAGAGCGACGCCUGGGUCUUGCAGUUCAGCGAAGCAGAAAACAGGCUAUUGAUGGCAGGCUGCAGAAAGAAAUGUCUCUCCAUCCUGAAGACGCUGCGCGACCGACACCUCGAGUUGCCGGGACAGCCUCUGAACAACUACCACAUGAAAACCUUACUUCUGUACGAGUGCGAGAAGCACCCGAGAGAGACCGACUGGGACGAAUCGUGCCUGGGCGACCGCCUGAAUGGGAUUCUGCUGCAGCUUAUCUCUUGCCUGCAGUGCCGCAGAUGCCCCCAUUACUUCUUACCAAACUUGGACCUGUUUCAGGGGAAACCACACUCGGCCUUAGAGGCUGCAGCAAAGCAGACGUGGAGACUUGCGAGAGAAAUUCUCACGAACGCAAAAAGCUUGGACAAAUUAUAGACCAGCGCAACGCAAAAGUACAUUAUUGUUAGUACUACUGUACUGAGGACCUUAAGAUCACUUCACUGUAAGUGGGAGAAAAAAAGUGAUCGUUCAAUUCUCCAAGUAAUGUGAAAGUCUUUUUUCAAAGAAGCAAAUGGGACAUUGCAAGAAAGAAAGUUAAGGUACAUUUUAAGAUAAAUGUAUUCUGUGUGUUGUUUUGUUUUGAAUGUUUUCACAAAGUGAAGAAACUUUUAUUUAAAAUAUGCACAGUCUUUAAUGCAAAACAUUCAAAUGUAUAGUGCCAAGUCAAAUUUUCAUUAUGUCAGCUAAAAUUGAGAUGUUAAUAAAAACAAAACAAAAUAUAA